UUUACGACAGCGCUGGAAGGUUAUCAGCGAAGGGUCCGGGCCGAUCCUGUUGAAUUUGAAGGAGAGGUAGGAAUCGGAUGAUGGAGGUUAGAAACGAGGAAAACGCCUCCGCUGCGCCCGCCUUUUCAAAGCAGACGAGGCCGGCGCCGGCCUCCGUCGACUCCGCCGCGGUCUCCCAAAGGCUUCAGAAGGAAUUGAUGUCGCUCAUGAUGAGCGGCAACCUUGGAGUAUCUGCCUUUCCUGAAAGUGAAAACAUAUUCUCUUGGAUAGGUACAAUAGAUGGAGGCAAGGGAACUCCAUAUGAAGGUUUAUCUUACAAACUUUCUUUGCGCUUCCCUCUGGAAUACCCAUUCAAGCCUCCUCAAGUUAAAUUUGAGACCUCCUGUUUCCAUCCCAAUGUUGACCAGUAUGGGAACAUUUGUCUUGACAUCCUCCAGGACAUGUGGUCUUCAGCAUAUGAUUGCAGAACAGUGUUGUUGUCUAUCCAGAGCUUAUUAGGAGAACCCAACAAUGAAAGCCCUCUCAACAGCUAUGCUGCAACGCUAUGGAGCAACCAAGAAGAUUACAAGAGAAUGGUUAACAAGCAGUACAUGGAAGGUGUAGAGCAAUUAGAACGGUGAGGAGAUUCUCUCCAGCAGCUCUCCCUUUUUGUUUUUGUGCUGGAGAUAAGGUUCAUGCGUUUGUUCUCUUGCCAUACAGUUCUGAUGUAAAUUUAAACAGCAUAAAUAGGAUAAAUUAUUACGUGCGGUCACUGAAUGUAAUUCAGAGGUAAAUUAGGAUAUGUCACGUCAUCAUUUUGUUGUGUAUCUUAACUGUGUAUCGGAUGAUGUGACAUAUCCCGAUUUACUUCCGGACAGUCUGAUGACCACACAUAAUAAUUUUUAUCCUAACGGUUAGAUAAUUUAUGGAUUGGUAUUAAUACAAAGAACAAAUUGGUUAUGUUAUAUAUAUAAAUAAGGAUUUAAUCAUGAGAUGAACUUACACUGAACUACUAUAAUC